CGAUCCAGGGGCUUGACGUACGACGACACCAGUACGAGUUGGAGGUCGAAUUCCAAUUUCGAGUCCUAGCCUCGAGCUGCCAAAACCUGCCCCUUUAAACCCUUUCAAUCCCAUCUUUUCUUCAACUGCAAAAAAACACUCUUUGGCGGUAACUGUUCAUCAACAUAUUUAAUUCUUUAUCAGACUCUUCACCGCUAUUCUUGGCUGUUCUACUCUGUCUUAGCCCUCCCGGUCGUCUUCGUAAAUCAGGCCCGCCACAUAACCUUGGCUUGCGAUCCAAUUCAUCUACCGUUGUCGAUAAGAGAAAACCUGUCACGCUUGUCCUUGGAUUAUCUUUCUCUUCCCGCCCACGUGCCGCGCCGCCCGUCUCUGUUAGGAUAAUACCGCCUUGGUAGAGAGCCGAGGGUCAAUCAUCCAUUUGCAGGCCUUUUGGCGGAUCUACCUUACCCUGUCCUUCUGCAAGUCACUGUCGCGCCGUCGCUGCAGGUCCGAUUGUUUAGGCGUUUUUACCGACGUCUUUAUUUUUUUUUUACCUUGGCCUUGAUUCCCUUUUUUAAAAGAGUCCCCCAUUUUUGCCCCUCCUCCUCCGGCCCCUCUCUUCCACCAUGACUGCAAGCGAGACACUUCCGCUUUACAACCCAACGGCCACCGACCCGGACGGUACGAAUAUGGCUCCUAAUACGAGUAAGUCUGAGAAGAAAAGAAAGCUCUUUGAACGCUUGAGUUCCAUAGAGUAUUGUUAAAAAAGGACCGUUGAUCACUAACGCCGGGGCCCUGCAGAAAAGAACGUUGCCGAGUGCAUCUCUGAUGACGCACUGGUGCACUUCAAGUCAUACAAGUACUCAAGCGUCGACCUGUCGCCAGUCUCGAAAUACGUUCUUGGUCCUUUCUGGAAUGCCUCUGUCAACCUCCUACCGCUAUGGAUUGCCCCCAACAUGGUGACCCUCUUGGGUUUCUGCUUCAUCCUGAUAAACGUCGCUUUCUGCGCAAUCUGGAUGCCUGAUCUCGUUGGGCCGGCUCCUUCAUGGCUUUACUUCAGCUUUGCCUUUGGCCUGUUCAUGUACCAAACGAUGGAUAACCUCGACGGAAAGCAAGCUCGACGAACUGGUACCUCAAGCGGCCUCGGCGAACUCUUCGAUCACGGUAUUGACUCGUUGAACUGCACACUCGCCAGUCUGCUCGAAACUGCCGCUAUGGGUCUUGGUACCUCUCCAGCUGGCAUCAUUACCGCUCUGUGCCCAUGCCUGCCCAUGUUUUUCUCGACCUGGGAAACAUACCAUACGCAUACUCUUUACCUCGGCGUUAUCAACGGCCCUACAGAAGGCAUACUUAUUGCCUGUGCAAUUAUGAUCAUGUCUGGCAUUUGGGGACCCGGCAUCUGGACCAUUCCUUUGGCUAAUGGCAUCAAGGAUACUCUACCUGGUCUUGCUGAGCUCCUUGGCGAGACCACUUUCCGAGAUAUCUGGAUUGGCCUCAUCAUCGGCUCCCUCGUCUUUACACAGAUCCCCUUCUGUGUGCUCAACGUUGCCAAGGCUCGCAAGUCUAGAGGAGAGCCCAUUCUUCCUGUCUUCUUUGAGUGGAUUCCUAUGGCCGUCUUCACUUUUUCGAUCGCGGCUUGGGUCUUCUCCCCUUACAGUACCAUCAUGAAGGAGAACCACCUGAUGCUUUUCUGCUUCAUCAUGUCAUUCGUCUUUGGCCGCUUGACCACUAAGAUUAUUCUCGCCCAUUUGACUCGCCAACCUUUCCCCUGGUGGACCGUUAUGCUGUACCCUCUUGUUGGUGGCGCGUUCCUCGGAAACAUGCCUCGAUUUGGACUCCCUCAGGUCAGCGCCCAAUUCGAGCUUUUCUACCUGUGGGCGUAUCUUCUCUUUUCCAUGGUUGUUUAUUUCCGCUGGGCCUGGCUCGUUGUUACCAGCAUCUGCAACUACCUCGGUAUCAAUGCCCUCACCAUCCCCAAGGAGAAGCAGAUCGCCAACAAGGCGGCACAGGCUGCCAACAAGCUACACUAAGCCGGAACUAGCCGUUUUGGCCGAGCAAUUUUGUUCUGUCAAGCCCUGGUCGAUCGAAAUGACAUAAAUAAUAAUCCACCCAGAGAGGCGCAGCAUUUUGGAGAGAGAUCAUGGUACAAAAAAUACUGGUGUCGCAAUACAGGGCGAAGAAUCAAAGCAUGACGAGGGCGUUUGGUGUUUUCUUGCGGGUUUCUCGCAUUCUUCAUGACGCUAGGAUACUAAGGGGUCUUGUAUCACGUCAACAACCAUUGGGGUAUAUUCAUUGUAAUAGAUAUAAAUGAGGAGUAUGUGUAGAUGAUGGUGCUAGAAACUGCCUUUGGAUAGGCCUCGGCUUUGACGCACAAGGCGCAAGCCAAAUCAAUAAGAAGCUUCAAUAUUUCAGAUGUAUUAUCCAUCGCCG